AUAUAUAUAUAUAUAUAUAUAUAUACAUAAAUAUUUAUAUCCAACUUUAUGAUGAGCUGUGUUGGCGGAUUUCUUUAGCAGAAACAUUGAAGUUAAUAAAAAGAAUACAUCCUUCUUAAUCUUACGUCAGAAGCAGAUUUAUGCAGUGAGAUUUUUGACUCGAGGGUCGCUAGAAAAAUAAUAAAAAAUGAAUAAAAUUAAUCUGUCUCCAGCAGAAAUAAAGUUUAUUCCUGGACUAGAGACUGAGAUUGAUCUUCAUUUAAUCGAUGAUUCAAACCUGCUAAAACUGGUUCAGUUUGUAAACAAGAAAAAACUGGUUUUACAGGUAACACAGAUCUGCUCUCAAUGGUUUGCUCUGAACUCUCUUGCACUUUGUGUUUACAAACAUCUGCAGUACACCGGGUGUUUGUCAACAAUCUCUAUCCAGAAGGUUGACCCUGCUUUUGUACCCAGCUCUUUUAUUCGUUGUAUAGAGCAGGGCCGGGAACAGGUCAACAGUAUCUCAGCCAGAUUAACCCGGCUGGAUGAGGAUGAGGAUGACUGGGAGUGUGGUGUGUGUGAGGAAUGGUUUGUUUCUCAUCAAUCCCUUGAAGAUCAUCGUUUAUACUUUCAACACUGGGGGAGAGGACAGACCACUGGUCCGAGGACGAAUCUUCAGAUGAGGACGAGGAUGAGGACGAGGAUGAGGAUUCAACGGAUUCCGAGGAUGGUUUAGAGGAAGGAUUACAAGCAGAAACUCAAUUUCUAAUCUAGUUCAUUUGUUAAUCGUUCACUGAAUAUAAAAAAAAAAUUGUUCAAAAAUGUAUUUAUAUUUGAAAUAGAGAGUUACACACAAAG